AUGAUUCGGGAACAGUUUUUUCUGUUUCUUAGAAAUCGGUUCUCUCUCUCUCUCUCUGUUUUAACUAAUCCUUUUCCUUCCUCUUUUAUCAUUUGCCAUUAUUAUAUCUUUUUCUAUCGAUCAGUUGUCUUUUUCAGUCGGCAUAUAUUCUUUUUAUUUAAUUCUGCCCUCUUUCUUUUUGUUCAAUUUAUUCGUUUGUUCUUUCUUUCUUUCUUUCUUUCUUUCUUUCUUUCUUUCUUUCUUUUACUUUCUUUCUUUGCAUCUGUUUUCUUACACGUUCUUUCUUCUUUCUUACGCUUUCAUUCACUUUCUUUCUUUCUUUCUUUCUUUCUUUCUUUCUUUCUUUCUUUCACCUUAUUUCUUUACGUCGUUGUCUUUCCUACGCGUUUUUUCUUUUCUUACGCUUUCUUUGUUUUUUUUCUUUAUUUUUCUUUAUAUCUUUCUUUGUUUCUUUUGUCUUACACUGAUUUUUGUUUCUUAUUUCUGUCGUUCUUUCUUUCUUUAAUUAUUACGUCUUCAUUUUUUUUCACUUUGUUUCUUUCGUUCUUUCUUUCUCUCACUUCAUUUCUUUGUAUCUUUCUUCCUCCUUUCACUUUCUUUGUCUCUUCCGUUAUUUUCUUUCUUUCUUUCUUUCUUUCUUUCUUUCUUUCUUUCUUUCUUUUUUGCCUUUCUCUGUCCCCUAUACUGGUGCGAAUAACAAAACAAACAUCUAUCUAUCUAUCUAUCUAUCUAUCUAUCUAUCUAUCUAUCUAUCUACUGCAUUUUGAUAUCUAUCUAUCUAUCUAUCUAUCUAUCUACUGUAUUUUGAUAUCUAUCUAUCUAUCUAUCUAUCUAUCUAUCUAUCUAUCUAUCUAUCUAUCUAUCUAUCUCGUUCGAAACGAACGAGGUGUCCAUUCUAUCUAUCUAUCUAUCUAUCUAUCUAUCUAUCUAUCUAUCUAUCUAUCUAUCUAUACCAGUGGGAACAUUAUCUGUCUAUAUAUUUAUCUCAAUGGGAACAUUAUCUAUCUAUCUAUCUAUCUAUCUAUCUAUCUAUCUAUCUAUCUAUCUAUCUAUCUAUCCCAGUGGGAACAUUAUCUAUCUACCUAUAUAUUUACCUCAAUGGGAACGUUAUCUAUCUAUCUAUCUAUCUAUCUAUCUAUCUAUCUAUCUAUCUAUUCUAUCUAUCUAUCUAUCCCAGUGGGAACAUUAUCUAUCUAUAUAUUUAUCUCAAUGGGAACAUUAUCUAUCUAUCUAUCUAUCUAUCUAUCUAUCUAUCUAUCUAUGAGAUGA